AUGACCUUACCAGAAGGCAAAGUUCGCCGUGCAGCGAAACGCAAAGCCCUCUCCGCAUGUGUGGCAGCUCGGCAAGUCGAUAAAUUCGAGGAAAGAACUCCCAACAACGACACAGUAUCAGACCACCGGUCCUGGGAGUGUUGCGGGGCGGUCUUCCCCAGCGCAGCGGAGAUCAAUCGGCACGUACAGGCGCAUCAUCAGGACGAGUUGGAGAAGUUAGAGCUCGGGUUCCUCCGGGAGGACGAAGGUGCUGUUAGCGGCUGGAACGGGGAAGAUGGGUCCCGAAAGCACGCAAAGACGAAAGAUCAACGAUUACCAUAUACCUCGCGACGAGCACCCAAAGGCCAGUCAGACUCCAUAACCCUCCGAUGCACCUGUCCGCCCUCAAGCGGCCUUGUUCUGCUCUUUUAUCGAUAUACCCACAUCAGGUCCCCGACGCGACUUGCCGAGGAAUUCGAGCACCUUUGCGGGGCCCUGGACAUGACCGGGAAGAUCCGUGUAUCUGCAGAGGGUAUCAACAUCACUGUUGCUGGGAAGACGAAUGAUGUGGAACGGUUCAUUGGAACCGUGAGCGAGUGGGAUGUCCUUGCUCGAUGCGGGGUGGACAAAGGAGAAGAUGGUGAGACGGAGGAGGUGGAGAGCAGAAGACGCAUGUUCUUCAAACCCUCCGAGGGCUGUGAGCAUGUGUUUGAUGGACUAAGCGUCAAAGUGGUGGACGAAGUAUGUCCAUUUGGCGUCAAAGGGUGGUCUCCCAAAGGAUUGAUUGUAGAGGACACCAAGCACGGUGCGCACGAAGACGCGGAUGGACCAACACCACCUGCCACAUCUUCAGGUGCCGAAUCUCUCCGUCCAUCCGCCUUCCACUCCCUCCUCCAACACGCCCUGGCCAACCCAGAAACUCAUCUCAUUCUAGACACCCGCAACCACUACGAAACCGCGCUAGGCCACUUUCCCACCGCGCACCUACCCCCGAUCCGAAAGUUCUCCUCGCUACCUGAAUAUAUCACCACCAACUCAGAAACGCUGUUUCCCCGCGGGCGGGAGAAGCAGACUGUGCUUACGUAUUGCACGGGAGGCGUGAGGUGCGAGAAGGCGGCAAGGUGGAUUUGGGAGAAUGUGGAGGGGGUGGACAAGGUGGUUAUGUUGGAGGGUGGCAUUCACAAUUACCUGGAGUGGAUUAAAGAGGCCGAGCGGAGUGGGACACAAACGAAUGCUUCGGCAGACUCAUCUUUGCCGCUGAACUCGAAGGACGAGAGUAAGACGGCCUCUACAGUAUCGACGGACAGCAAACCCACAAGCCUAUUCCUGGGCCAUAACUAUGUCUUUGACGCCCGCCAAUCUCUCGGCUUGGAUGCCGCUACGCCGAUCACUCACUGCAAAUACUGCGACACGGCCACGGCAUCUCUUGGCAAGUGCGUUCGCCCCGGAUGCCAUUUGCUCGUCACUGUCUGUGAACAUUGUCAGCAGAAGAGACUUCCUGCUGCGAGUGAAUUCUCGCAAGACAGCUGCACUGAGGUGACCGCCGCCGACGGUGAAAAGUCCCAACGGCCGGGAGUCCGAAAGUACAAUAUGUGGACCCUGGGGCAACAGGCGUAG